CAUAUCUCUCAAGAUAAUGCAGUUUCGAAUUCACUUUGUGAUUCCAAUUAUCUUGCUAUUAUGGCUAACCAGAACAUGGACAGCAUCAGCAUCGCUCGCCAUGCCUGGAUGCCAAGAGAGAUGUGGAGAUGUUCUUAUUCCCUAUCCAUUUGGAAUCGGAUACGAGCGUAAUUGUUCCAUGGGGGAGGGAUUUGAGGUUAUAUGUAACACCUCAUUUAAUCCUCCAAAACCUUUCAUAAAGAUCAUUGGGAUGGAACUUUUACAAGUGUCAGUAAAUGAUAUGGUAGUUCAAGUCAUGAGUCCAGUGAGAUCGUUAAAUUGUCGCAACACAACAUCAUCGUCAUCAUCGUUGGCUCUCCCGGAGGUUGUUGACCUUUCGAAGAGCCCGUUUGUGUUCUCCAGGGAGUCCAACAGAUUCACGGCUAUAGGUUGUGACAACUUUGCCACCAUAUCCCAGUAUGGUAAAACAAUUGGUGGGUGUAUGUCUAUUUGUGAUGCCGCACCAAAUGUUACUGGUAGUGGCUGCUAUGGACUCAAUUGUUGUCAAACUACGAUUCCUCCCAAUCUGUAUUUGUUGAACAUGUCGAUCACUAACAUUAAUUCCACCGGCAGAUGCAUGUCUGCAUCUAUGGUUGACCAAGAUUGGUUUAAUUAUAAUUCGUUCGAUGAAAAUUAUAAUGAGCUGAGCAAAAGGGAACAUGUUCCUGUUGUGCUAGAGUGGGGGAGAAGGUUCGGAAAUUGUCGUUUGAGUAAAAGUUCCGAUAUAUUCUGUGACAGCUUUGGAAGGUGUUGGGGAUCGCCUGCUCAUGAUUCCUUGUGUGUAUGCAUUCGUUCGAGUCUGAGAAUGGAAGGAAUCUCUUACAUUUCUGACGAAUGUUAUGGUACUUUUUACAGGUCUGGAAGCAAGAAUUGUACUUGUCCAGCAGGCUACGAAAAUAGCCAGCAUGGAGACGGAUGCUACCACCUUGCAGAACCAGUGACAAAAAAGUUUCCUCUGGCUAUACUAAUAGGAUGUUUGGCAGCGUUUGGGAUGAUAUUGCUACUUAUAGGUUCAUGGUGGAUGUACAAACUAGCGAAAAAAAGAAAUAACAUAAAACUGAAGGAAAAGUACUUCAAAAGAAACGGUGGUUUACUCAUGCAACAGCAAUUAUCUUCAAGUGAAGGUAAUAUUGAAAAAACCAAAUUGUUUACUUCAAAAGAGUUGGAAAAGGCCACCGAUAACUAUAAUGAGAAUCGGAUUCUUGGUCAAGGAGGGCAAGGAACAGUUUACAAAGGAAUGUUGGUAGAUGGAAGAAUUGUGGCAAUUAAGAAGUCGAUAAUGGUAGACGAAGAUAAACUCGAGCAAUUCAUCAAUGAGGUUAUUAUUUUAUCACAGAUCAAUCAUAGAAAUGUGGUUAAAUUACUCGGAUCUUGUUUGGAGACAGAGGUUCCACUGCUAGUUUACGAGUUCAUCCCUAACGGAACACUAUUCCCAGUACUACAUCACCAGAUUGAGGAGGAGUUUCUACUUACAUGGGAAAUGCGCUUGCGCAUUGCUGUAGAAGUUGCAAGUGCUUUAUCCUAUUUGCAUUCAUCGGCUUCGAUUCCCAUUUAUCAUCGCGACAUCAAGUCUUCGAAUAUACUUCUGGACGAUAAAUACAGAGCCAAAAUUUCUGAUUUUGGGACUUCGAGAUCUGUAGCAGUUGAUCAAACUCACUUGACAACUCAAGUAUUGGGAACCUUCGGAUACUUAGACCCUGAGUAUUUCCAAUCAAGCCAGUUUACUGAUAAGAGCGAUGUUUAUAGCUUUGGAGUAGUACUUAUUGAGCUCUUAACUGGAAAGAAACCGAUCUCUUCCUUCCAAUCCGAGGAUGAGAGAAGUUUAACGACACAUUUCUUGUUUUUAAUGGAUGAAAAUCGUUUGUUUCAAAUCAUUGAUGCUCGAGUUGCAAAGGAGAGCAGGAAAGAAGAUAUAAUGGUAAUGGCUAAUCUUGCAAGAAGAUGUCUAAACUUGAAUGGAAAGAAACGACCAACAAUGAGAGAAGUAACCAUUGAAUUAGAAGGGAUAAGGGGGUCACAAGGAGCUGCAUUCUCUUAUGUAAUUGAUCAAAGCUAUGAAGAGGUUGACUAUAGUGAAAUGACUAGGCCUUGGGAUACUGCUUCAUCUUCUGAUACUUCUUUGAAAAUCGAUACCAUGAGAUUGCUAUAGAUUAAUAAGGGAUCCAGCCCAGUAUAGUUUCCAAUCUCUCUAAGGCCUUGGCAGGCCCAGUCCAGUAUCAAAACUGUGCGUUUUAAUGUUCUUCUUUUCUUCUUUAAUCUUCUCCAACGGCUACUGACAUCUCUCUGUCUUUAGUCUAAUCAAGUUUGUAUCCGUUACAUUCAUCUUGUAUUUAUAUGUGCAAAUGUAUUCAGUUUGCGAGGUUAAUGAAAAUAAUUUCUUCAAGUUCUCUUUA